UGCACCAUUCUGGACAGAGGUGCCUGUGAGCCUCACAGAACCUCAAGCUUCUCUCUAGGAGGCAGCCACAGGCAGACAAUACACACCAUGGGGUCCCUGUCAUUCUCCACACACAGAGGACUUCUCCACUGGCAAGUGUUCCUGGUGGCUGUCUCACUCUUCAACUUCUGGUGCCAGCCCACCACAUCUCAUGUCUCUGUUGUGUCAACCAAUAUUACUGAAGGGCAGUCUGCACUUCUACCUCUCCACAAUACGCCUGCCAAUGUUGCAGCCUUCGUGUGGUAUAGGGGGGAAGGCACGAACAGAAGUCAUAUUAUUGCAUUUCUUUUCACAUUCUCAACAUACGAUAUCAAAGGUCCUGCAUACAGUGGACGAGAGAAAAUAAACGCUAAUGGAUCCUUGCUGAUAGACAAUGUCACCCUAAAUGAUGCAGGAAUGUACACCGUGGCAGUCUAUGUUACAGAUGUAAUAAAAGAAAUUGUAUCUGGGAGGCUUGACGUACACGCACGCAGGUGUAUGCUGGGAAGAGUCUAUGGACCAUGUUAGCAAGUUUAAUACCUGUUGGGCCACAUCAUCUUUCAAAAGAAAACAAAAUCAUUUAAUUGCCUGGGGACGAAAAGCCCUUAAUGUUACCAUGACUUAUAUUAUUUUAAAUGUCUGAUUUAAAUGAAAGUAAUCUUAAGUGAUAUCAGUGACCUAGAUGAUACGCUAUAUCUGUGCAUUAAAAUUUGUGAAUAUUCUGCAUUA